UUCGUGUUAUUUUUGUAUCGGUUCUUCAAACUAUCUCUUUACGUUGAAUCCCUUCGUUGGUGUUUCAGCUUUGAUGUUUAGUAAUAUUCAAAUCUUGCUGUUCUGUUGAUUGCUCGGUUAGUAUCUGAGGAUCAAAAUAAAUGCAUGAGCCAGAAAACCAAUCAUUGCAUUGGAAAAUAUGAUUCUGAAAUGAAGAUGAAGAGGGCCAUAUUGAUCAUGGUCACAGACAGACAUGGUUUCCAUUGAGAGUCAUAGCCAAUUUAUUGAUAGUGUGUGCGCAAUCAUUCUCAAGGGUCAAUGGGGCAAUCUGUUGAAGGCAAAGAAGAAUGCCAGUGCCCUCGCUUCCACUACCAUUUACCAGGUACUUUUGCGGCUCUCACUCUAUGGUUAUGGGCCCUCUCAUUCCUUCCCAUUUUACAAAUGGCUUGACACCAUCCCACAGUAUAACCACUCCUUGCAAUGUUCAUGGGCGAUGAUUCACAUCCUCACCAAAUAUAAACAUUUUAGAACUGCACAACAUAUGCUUGAAAAAAUUGCCCACAAGGAUUUUCUUUCAUCACCUUCAGUUUUGAGCAGUCUGGUGAGGACUCUUGACGACCCAGAAGUUAAUGCACAAGUGUUGAGCUGGCUUGUCAUACAUUAUGCGAAGUCACAGAUGAUCCCAGAUGCAAUUGAAGUUUUUGAACAGAUGAGGUUAUAUAAUGUCAAACCUCAUUUACAUGCUUGUACUGUGCUUUUGAAUUCCUUGUUGAAGGAUGGAGUUACGCACAUGGUUUGGAAAAUUUACAAGAGAAUGAUUCAAGAAGGAGUUGUUCCCAAUAUGUACAUUUACAAUUGUUUAAUGCAUGCUUGUUCCAAAUCCGGAGAUGUGGAAAGGGCAGAACAGUUAUUAAGUGAGAUGGAAGUAAAAAGUGUGUUUCCUGAUAUCUUCACUUACAAUACUUUGAUAUCAUUAUAUUGCAAAAAAAGUAUGCACUAUGAGGCUUUAUCAAUUCAGGACAAAAUGGAAAGAGAGGGAAUAAAUCUUGAUAUUGUUAGUUAUAAUUCUCUUAUUUAUGGAUUUUGCAAAGAAGGUAGGAUGAGAGAAGCUAUGAGAAUGUUUAGCGAAAUAAAAAAUGCAACUCCCAAUCAUGUGACAUAUACUACACUGAUUGAUGGUUAUUGUAAAAUGAAUGAAUUAGAUCAAGCUCUGAAAAUACGUGAGCUAAUGGAGGCUAAGGGAUUGUUCCCUGGAGUCGUUACUUAUAAUUCAAUUUUGCGCAAGCUGUGUCAAGAUGGCAGGAUAAGGGAUGCAAACAAACUCUUGAAUGAGAUGAGUGAAAGAAAAGUUCUAGCGGACAAUAUCACAUGUAACACCCUUAUUAAUGCCUACUGCAAGAUAGGAGAUUUGAAAUCUGCUAUGAAAUUUAAGAACAAGAUGUUAGAAGCUGGACUAAAGCCUGAUCCAUUUACAUUUAAGGCACUGAUUCAUGGGUUCUGUAAGACAAGUGAACUGGAAAGUGCAAAGGAGAUAAUGUUUAGCAUGCUUGAUGCUGGAUUUACCCCCAGUUAUUGCACGUACUCAUGGAUUGUAGAUGGCUACUGCAAGAGAGAGAAUAUGGACGCAGUUUUAGCUCUACCAGAUGAGUUCUUGAGCAGAGGUCUUUGUCUUGAUGUUUCAGUAUACAGGGCAUUGAUAAGGAGGUCAUGCAAGGUAGCAAGGAUUGAAUGUGCUGAAAAGUUAUUCAAUCAUAUGGAAGGAAAUGGUAUAUCAGGUGACAGUGUUAUCUACACCAGUCUCGCAUAUGCUUAUUGGAAAGAGGGUAAGGUAAGUGCUGCCUCAAAUAUUUUAGAAGAGAUGGCUAGGAGGAGGUUGAUGAUAACAGUAAAACUUUAUAGUUGCUUUAGCUCUUCUGAUGCUAGUGAAAACAAAGUGUCACAGGUCUUCUGGGAUCAUGUGGUGGAUAGGGGCCUGAUGUCGAGAAAUGCAAUGAAUAAAAUACAGCAGAUGAUGGUACGUGUCUGAUUUCCUUUAAGCAAAGUCUCAGGUUCAAGUCUUGUGUAUGAUAAAAAGCUCACACUGGGAGAGUUAUACCAUGUCGUGAAUGUUCCUAACUAGAACAAGAUUGUCUUCUAUGAAGGAUAUUUGUAUUCUAGACCAAAGAGAAACACAGAAAUACAGAAGAUGCUGAUAUGAUGGUAAUCUUGCUUGUGAAAGACCCUUCACAACUAGAAGAUUCUACCUACACUUGUCAGCAAUACAUUGCUUCUGGUUGUGACAGAUUCUUUCUUCAUGUUAUUAGAAUUUGGAAAAUCUUUUGACUUUUGGGGAAAUACAUGAUAGGGACCUGUAACAAACCUUGAAUGAAAAUCAUCAUAAAUGAUCUUACUUUGAAACCUAUUUAUGCUUCAUUUUUUUGACACCAGAUAUGACAUUUGUCUCUCUGUAUGUGACCGGGAACUAACUGUAGUUUUUUCUUCUAGAAGGUUAUAUUGCCGAAAAAUCUUGAGUUCUCCCUCCCAUCAUUUUUAGGUUAUUAGGAUGGAAAUGGAAGUACGUAUCUUCUAAUAUAUAGGUGGUUAGGCCAUCA